CCGUCCGGCCGCGCGCGUUGGGAGCGGCACUUCCGCGUGGAGCGAGCGCUCGCCGGUAACACCGAAGGGGCGGCGGGUGAAGAUGCAGCAACUCCCAGAGGACGUAAAGAGCCUGGUUGCAGAUAUUGAUGUAUUUAUAAAUGAAAUACUAAAGGGAGAAAACCUGUCAAAGAAGGCAAAAGAUAAGAGGGACACCCUUUUGAGAAAGCUUAAAGUUAUUAAAACAAGCUAUCCUCAUGAGUUCCAAGAGAGAGGGGAAUCGGAAGAUUCUGACAGCCAUGAAGAGUCUUUAGUAGAUGGAGUUUCAUCUGAUCGUACCGAUAACCAUGAAGAAACUAGUGCUGAUGUUCAGCGAUCUCCCCCAAUACCUGCACAGGAACUGACUCAAAUUCUGAAAGCUGGGUAUUUGGAAAAGCGACGAAAAGAUCACAGCUUCUUUGGAUCAGAAUGGCAGAAACGCUGGUGUGUGCUUAACAACAACAUUUUCUAUUACUAUGGAACAGAAAAAGACAAACAGCAAAAGGGUGAUUUUGCCAUAGAUGGAUAUACAGUCCAGCUGAACCCUACAAUGCGAAAAGAUGCAAAGAAGGACUGCUGCUUUGAACUUACUGCUCCUGAUAAGCGACUGUAUCAGUUUGCUGCAGCUACUUCCACGGAGGCUGAGGAAUGGGUUGAGCAGCUUCAAUUUGUAUUAAAAGACAGAGAAUCUAGCCUGAUCCCGGUAGAUGAUGACGGUGAAGAAAUGUAUGAUGAUAUAGAUCCAGAAAUCAAAGACGUAAAAUCCAGCAAAGAACCGGUAGAUGAAGAUAUUUAUGAAGAGCUUCCAGAAGAAGAGGACAGUCAUCCUCCACCUCCACCAAUAUUAAAGGAAACUGAAAAGAAAAAGAGCCCACAAAUUAGCGUGAAUAAAACAGAUAAGGCAACUGACUAUGCCAGUUAUUACCAAGGAUUGUGGGACUGCUCAGGGGAUCAGGCUGAUGAACUAUCUUUUAAACGUGGUGAUGUCAUUUACAUCAUUAACAAGGAAUAUAAUUCAUUUGGGUGGUGGAUAGGGGAAAUGAAGGGAAUGAUUGGCUUGGUGCCCAAAGCGUACCUAAUAGAGAUGUACAUCAUUUGAGGAGGUCUGGCAUGAGCAACUCAAGCUAUUUGAGACAGCAUGUCGGCUUUAUAUAACAACUUUGCUGAAUAUUUGGCCAGUAUAUUUUCAUUGCUUUCAAGACUUGUCAUUACAACUUAAUCAGUCGUAGACAAAACUCAAAAUCGAAGGGGACGAGGCCGACUUUCCUUUCCUUCCCCCCAGUGUAUCUUGAAGUAACUGUAAGCACUGUUUUCUGUCUUGUCUGAUUCACUUUAUUGAAUCUUGUUCUAACGUUCCAGUCUGCAAAUUUUAAGGUUCAAAUAAAGUUUAAUUGUGUGCAAACUGUUGUUAUGCUAAUAAUUUAAAUGCCUGCUGUGUAACUAAUGAAAUUACUGUGUUAUGAUUAAUUUGGAAACUGGUAUGUUGAUUGUAGUAAUUGAACACAACAAGGUAAAGUAAAUGAUUAUGAUGCCAUAUGGCCUGUUAAUCUCAAAAUUUAGAAGAGGAUGAACAUUUCCUUCAAAGAUUUCAAAAUAUUUUUAUAAAAUACUUUUUUGGCAGUUUGUAAGCUAACUCACAAUGUCUUGUUGUGUUUACUUAUACUGAGAAUCUCCAGUUUUGUUGUAAAUGUUGAACUUGGAAAGUAAUAUUUUUACCUGUUGAUUAACCUUAAUAAAA